AUCGACCACGAAUGGUAUAAAGGACACGCGAUUUUGCUUUUAACACUUCCAUUUGCUUUUUCGCGUUUGGCUCGCUUUUGUGAGAAUACCCUUUUGUAGCACAAUUAUUGUGACAUUUUGAUUCUAAUUUGCUUAGAAAUUGCUUAACUUGCGUAACAAAAAAAAAAUUAUUAAAAAAUCCUUACCAUAUCCUUAAGGGUGCUUUGGCAAAUUAUCUCUAUUUUUUUGUUUUCCUUGUUAGCCGGUUCAAAACAAGUUUUCGUGUGGUGUCUGUUGUGGGUGUGAACUUAGAAGAAAUAGAAAAAAAAAAAAAAAUAUUUCGUUCGUGUAUUCGUUUUCUUAAAUGGUGUCCUGUCCUCAGUCCUGACUGAAAGGACUUAAUUGUUUUCCUCCUUUUUUUUUCUUGCUUGUGCAAUCAAAAUAGAAAGAAAAAAUAAAAAUAGAAAAAAAUAAUUUACUCGUGUUGAGUGGUGGCAAGCAAGAGCGGUUGUUUUGUGUUUUCUCUGAGAUUGGUUGUGAUUGAUUAGCAAAUUGAUUUCGUGUCGUCGUAAUUAUCCUUGAGAGUACGUACGACGUUUUCAUUGUUAUUUGUGUUUUUUUUUUCUAUCCUCGGGAAAUAGCGAGCGUUUGUGCUUUAACGCUUUUUUACAAGAAAAAAAAAGUCUUAACCUAUUUUUAUUGUUUAUUAUUACCAACAUCUGUAAAAUCUACAGGACUAAGCAUCAAUCAGAAAUAUUAUAUUUACAUCAAAAUCAACAUGUUUUGGAUACUACGAAGAACUGGAGCAGUAAAUUUUUUCAAUUCACUGAAUAAUAACUGCAGCUCAUCGAAGAACAAUAAUAACAACACAAAUGACAAGUACGUGAAACGUCCCCCUCGCAAAGCUUACGGCCGACUGAGUGUGGAUUCAGAUGAUGGUUCCUCAAUGAAGAACAAUAUCGACGAUCCCUUCGAUGAUCUGGAGAAUUUUGAAAUGAUUUCGUCAAAGGACAAUGGCGGCACGAAAACAGCACAACACCGUCACCAUCCUGCGGAUAAUGAUGGCCAUCGCCAUCACGACAUGCAGGGUAACUUUGUUGAGAAUGAUUCUGACUUGGAAUUAGAUGGACCAUCGAAAAACGCCACACGACAACAGAAGGAGAUUAACGCAAAUACUAUAAGCCGAUUACAGGCAAUGGCCAUGUCCGACGAUGAGGAUUAUGAUGAGUCCUUGACUUGUAAUGUGUGUGAUAGAGCCUUUCAUUGUCACAGGCAGUUGGCGUCUCAUCAACAGAAAAAGCGACAUUUCGGAUGUGGUGGCUGUGAUAGCUUAUUCCCUUCCCUAAUGCUACUUGAACAUCACAAGGAAGAAUUCGAACAUUGGAGUGACGAUGAAAUAAGUCGAAGGAUAUGCUGUCGUCGGAAUCGUGGUGACGACUAUUUCACAGACACGGACUCAUUUACCAGCGAAGCAGAAAGCGAAGACCUUGAACGUCUUUUAUAAGACACAGAAACCAAAACCUAAAUCAUUAUUUUUCUUUAUACAUUAUAAUUCACACUUCACCUCGGUAUAGUGUAAUUUGCAUUGUAAAUAGUCAUAGACGAUAUACAAAAAAAUAUAUUACUAUAUAAAAAAUACAA